CGCCAGGGAUCUGUUUUGAUGGCAGCAUUAACAUGUUAUGAAGAUGACAUAAUGCAGGUAAGGCAUCUCAAUUACUCAAUUUCAACUAGGCCUACAGCAUGUUAUUCCCAACCUGUAAAUUAGAAUGUGAACUGACUCAAAAUAAAGGAGAGGAAAGGCCUAAACUGAGUUUCUGAAAAUACAGUUUUCUUUCUCUAGAGUGAAUACAGGAUCAUGGUUGAGAUCCUGAAUGAAAACGAUAACAAACCAAGGUUCUUUGAGAAGACUAUACAACCACGUUACAUAAGUGAGGUAAAUAUACAUCUCUAGAUCACACUUUGAUAAUAUAGAUAAUCUUGUGUUUCAGAUGCAUAAUGACAGGUCUUCUGUAUUUCAUCAAUCCUCAGCUCACUGCAGUCAACUCUGCAAUCUUCACCGUCAAGGCCAUCGAUGCUGAUGGAGACACCAUCACCUACAUCAUCGACAGAGCCUCGGUAUGGUACCAUGAGUUUGAACUUACAGAGAAUCAUUAUGGGACAGUGUGUGAUAGGCUUUAGAGAGUAGGAAUAGUUCAUUGACAGCAGUCAAACUGCAAACUGUAUUUUUACCAAUAAAACUCCUAGCUCUCUAGUAGGCACUUCACCACAGUGCUGAAUCCUGUUGUCAUGUUCAUGUUCCUGUUCAUUUCAAACAAUGACCCAAUAUAUCCCCUUAUAGUGACAACCCAACAUCAACCCAACAUCAACCCAUCUACUCAAAUGAAUUCUAUUUUAAAUGGUCCUAUACCUCCUAAUCUUGCUGAUUACACCUCUGUGUCAAUCGCUCGGUAGACCAUCUGUGCACUAAAUUAAUGAGCAUUCAUUUCUAUGUUUCCUCUCAUCCCAGCCUGAUGCCAGCUACUUCAGGAUAGACCUGCCCAACAGUGGUAAAGUGAUCCUGGACAAGCCAUUGGACUAUGAGACCAAAACCCAGCUGCAGCUA